AUGAGAGAGGAAGUCCGCACUAAGGGCUUCGCCGCUCGCCUCUACAACUUUUGCAUGGGCAAAUUCAUUGGUACCGCGACAGUGACCAGCACCGCGACGGAGGCAGACGGAGUGGUCGAGCCGGUCUGCGGCGGCGGAGGCGAGGGUGACGGCGAGGCCUCGCGCUGCGCCGUUUGCGCCCACUCCUGUGCGAUUGUCUGCGGCGGUGAGGAGGCCUCGCUGACAACCUCGGCGGCGCAGGCAUGCUCGCCAACACCGCCCGCGGGCAGCCCUUCAGCUGCCCACGUGCUGUCGUCUCUUGACGGCGGUGGUGGGCUCUCCAGCGCCGACGGCGCCGAUGAUGCGGCGCUGCCCCUGCUCGACCCAAAAAGCCGGGCAGUGGAGGGCCUCCGCGCCAUGAUGUCCAACCCUGAAAAGUACGCCGCUCCGCCGGUCACGCUCACGGUCGCCGACGCGGUGCAGAUCUACUGGCUCUUCACGCGCAAGCAUAGGGGUAUCGGGCAGCCGCUGUGCCCCGAGCUCGCGAAGCACGGCCAGCCCGGCUUCUACACCGCCCUCGCCUCGCUCUCCGCGGGCAAGUUUGUGCAUGUGGACGCGCGCGAGUGCCGCUCGCUGCUCGGGGUGCUCACGAGCACAGGAUCGCCGCGCUCCGCCACGGGCCUCCUUCCGCUGGCUAUGGCACUCCGGAGAGCAGCCUUGCUGUCGGCCGAGUACACUGCGCCGCUCCGGUACGACUUUGGCAAGGGCAGAUUCGGAGGGCGCGCCGCGGCGAUGAGCGAGGACGAGGUGGAGGAGGUGGCGCCGCCGCUUCAAAGCUCCGCCGCUGCCGCUGAUACGCUCGAAGGCGGCGACGUGCAGAUCUCCGCUGCAUCAGGCGCCCGUCCGUCGAUAGUCGCCAUGAGAUGCCCUGUCUCACCGAAUGCAGCACUAUGCUGCACAGGCUUGCUGCCCGAGCACCUGCCGCACCAGCGGGCGCUCUGCCCGCUCCACCCCUUCCAUGCAACCGAGAGGCUGGUCGCGGCGCCAGUCGAUGGCAACGAGGCGGCUUGCCCCAACUGCUACUGCCUCAUCUGCGACGCGCGCGUGUCCGAGUGCCGCCACUGGCGGGGCGGCGACCCAGCGCAUUGCAACGCGCACGGCGACAGCGCAUUCUGGCGCCAGAAGCGCGUCAACGCCAAGCGGCAGCGCACGCGGGCGAUGCGGGCAGCGCAAGCGUCGGUCGACCCGCAGCUUGCGCUGCCUUCUCGAUCUGGUCUGAGGAGCGGGCUUGGGUGA